AUUACGCUUCUUUUUUCCCCUUUUCCCCCUUUUUCACCCCUCGGGGGUGAAGCCUUUAUAUACUUGAGUCAUUGCGGGUUUGAUGGAGUAAUUCCAGGAUUCUUGCUACGACAAGAUCAGUUUCCGUGUUAGUUGGGGAUAACGCUACCAACCAGUAAGGCUGACCAUUUCUGCCUGAAUCGGGGUUAGCCGUUACGGGGUACGACCCCGUAAGACACGGAGUACAGUGACGAGAUCUCCGGGGUUUCCAUGUGGUGGUCGGUCAGCAUUGCCUGAGCUCGUGCUCUUUAGAUCCGACCUGAUAUGAGUGCCGAAGUGCCUUGGGACCGAGGUGGUCCUGAUGUGACCUUGCACCGAGGUAUACUCGUCCCGAAGUAAACUUGUCCCGAGGUGGUCUAGUUAUCCGAGCUCGAUCUGUUGCAGACUUGGCGUGUCAGGCUGAGCUGUUGUCCUGCUAGUUAGGUCGUUAGUUCAGCAUAAAGGUUGGUCGCCAGAUAAUUGUUGCUUAAGUGAUUUCGAGUGUCACCCAGUUGUUCUGAGGUGCCACGUAUCAUAAUGUCAUUGGAGGGCCAAAUCCGCCCUCAUUAGAACUGAUCAUGAAUUGUUUAUGCCGGAGAACUGCAAUCGGAUUUAACCAUGAACGGCAAAAUGAAAAGCAACACCCACUGGUAUCAAAAGCCCAAUACAGGAUCCAAGUUUAAGUGACCCCCCUUGUUAAAACGCAUGCAAAAAGAAAAAAAACAAAAGAAAUCCGGAGGGAAUCACCCCAACAGGGAGAUUGAUAGAACCUCAAGCAACGCGAGAGAGAAACUCUCUCUAAACAGAGAGAUCUGGGAGUGGUUGUGCGACUUGCAGAGAGGGAGUGGUUUCAGAGUGGUUAUGCUCUCAAUUGUUUAUAUAUAUUAGGAACAUUUCACUAUGAAUUUAACAGACAUGUGUUUGUGCAGAGUUUUUGAUUGCAGGAGAUUCGGUCUCCCAUGCCCUAUUAUGCUUGUAGUAAAAUAAACAGCAGCAAGAAGAUGAAGCAAAAACAUGAAAGCCCUAAGUAUCCAAUCUUCACCACUAGAAAGUAGAAACCACCCCUUUGGAUAGGACGCAUCAAGCAACAGAAACAUAAAGAGUGGAACUUGCUUCCCCUGUGUCUUCUCCCCUUCUCCUUUUAUGCUUUUUCCUCUCCCUAGAUCUCCUUUCUUCUACUCCUCAGCGGUGGAGUUAAGUAUUCAUUGGAAAUGCUCAGAGUACAGUGCAAGAAACAUAGAUUGGGUUAGGGUUACAAUUGGGAUUGCGGUUCAAGCAUACAACAACUCAGGUUGGGCCAGAGUUGACCUCAACCGGACCUAACCUGGACCACUUGCACCGUAUUCCUGGAUGUUUAUACCCAUCUCUGCAAGCAAAAACUGUACACACUCUUAAGUUCGGGCAUUUAUAAGCAUCCAAUCACACGUUUGGGUAUUUAGUGAAGACUAUUCACAAAUUAGUACGAAUUGAGAUUUUCUGUCAACAAAACACGCUCCAACUCACUAUUAACUUGAUCAUCAUGAGAUUGGGCCACGCCAUAAAAGUGGAAUACGCCAUAUAUCAGAUUUGCGGUGGUAGAGGGUUGGAACGCGUUUUGGACUCCAUUAUUACUACAGAACAAUAAUGCCCUGUAUUGGAACAUUGGGAGAUAUUCCCAAUGUGCCAUGGGUAGAGAUGGAGGAACAACCUGUGGGCAGCAGAUCCGAACCUAUUUAUAUCGUGUGUGUGUUUGUGCACAGAGUUUUUGUUUGCAGGAGAUCCGGCUCACGGCUGACCGGCCGCCGAAGCCCGAGUCUCGACAGAAAAAUUGAUUGGUUUGUCUCCUCGUACAGUCGUAUGUAUGCUAUCAAGUGAAAAUAAAACGAGGUCGACCGAUUUUGCGACUUGCACUGCACCCCCAUCUCAAAUGGCGUUUCGAAGCAGACGAUUUGUUGGGUUUCUGGCGCUUCUCAACGGGACCAGGUACCAUUCAUCGUCCUCUUCACUUUGGUCAGUUUCAUUCUCCCCAUUUUCAACACUAGAAUUUCGAGACAAGUACACGAAUUGCGAACCACCAGAUAACCGGAUUAAACGCUACUCUAGUCUCGACGAAAAAUUCGUGUUGGACCAGCUCUCUGAUUUGCUACCUAUCUCUCCCAAAACAUCAAGCUACUCUCGGUAUAUCGAGAAUUCAUCCGGAAAACAUAUCGAAACCAAGGCGGUCGAUGGCUUUUUAUCACCUGAAGAGAAACUGAGAGGGGUUUUCCUUCAGAAAUUAAGAGGCAAAGCUGCAAUUGAAUCUGCCCUGAUGGCUACCGGAGUCAAUUUGAAUGUAGAAAUACUUGCAGGAGUACUGAAUAGAGGGAAUUUAGGCGGAGAGGCAAUGGUUACCUUCUUUAACUGGGCCCUCAAGCAGCCCCAGGUACCGAAAGACCUUCAGACUUACCAUAUAAUUCUUAGGGCAUUGGGAAGAAGAAAAUUCUUCAAUUUCAUGGAAGAAAUCUUGCAUGAAAUGAGCAAGCAAGGAAUGACACCUACUUGUGAAACCCUGUCCACUGCAAUGGAUAGCUUUGUUAGAGCUCGUAGAGUGUCAAAAGCUGUCCAAAUGUUUGGAAGAUUAGAAGAGUUUGCGUCUAAACCUGAUACCGAGUCUUUUAAUGUGCUUCUGCGCUGUCUAUGCCAAAGAUCCCAUAUUGGAACUGCGCACUCACUCUUCCAUGAAAAGAAAGGGAAAAUACCCUUUAAUAUUACUAGUUACAAUGUUAUUAUCGGUGGGUGGUCGAGAUUAGGUAGAGUCAGUGAAGUAGAGGGGUUUUUGAAAGCAAUGGUAGUGGAUGGAUUAACUCCCGACUGCUGGACUUUUAGUUACCUUCUUGAGUGUUUAGGUAGAGCUGGUCGAGUUGAUGAUGCUGUUGGGGUAUUUGAAAUGAUGGAGGAGCAAGGCUGUGCACCAGACACUGUUGCAUACAAUGCAAUGAUUUCCAAUUUUAUUUCAGUUGGAGAUUUGGAUGAAUGUGUGAGAUAUUAUGAGAGUAUGUUGGCAAAGAAAUGUGCACCAGAUUUAGAUACUUACACCAAAUUGAUUCAUGGCUUUCUCAAGGCUCGAAGAGUAGCUGAUGCACUUGAAAUGUUUGAUGAAAUGUUAGGCAGAGGGAUCCUUCCAAAUAUGGGGACAAUUUCAUCUUUUAUUGAACCUUUGUGCAACUUUGGUCCACCUCAUGCUGCUAUGAUGAUGUACAAGGGAGCAAGAAAAGCAGGAUGUAGAAUAUCGCUGAAAGUUUAUAAGUUGUUGCUCAUGAGACUUUCCAGAUUUGGUAAAUGUGGAAUGAUUUUGAAACUCUGGGAUGAGAUGCAAGAGAGUGGCCAUUCUUCUGAUUCUGAGAUUUAUGAAUAUGUCAUUAAUGGUCUUUGUAAUAUAGGGCAGCUGGAAGCUUCUGUGCUUGUCAUGGAGGAGUUAUUGAGUAAAGGAUUUUGCCCCAGUAGGGUUAUCUAUAGCAAAUUGAAUAAUAAGUUAAUGAAUGCAAAUAAAGUAGAGAGGGCAUACAGGCUCUUUUUGAAGGUUAAGGAUGCUCGGUGCAGUGAAAAUGCACGGAAAUUUUGGCGUGCUAAUGGCUGGCACUUUUAAGUGUGUGCUUUUAUCAGAUGAAGGUGGUAAAAGGUAGUGCCAAAGGGUUAUCUCUGAUGUCUUGUUGUCUUCUCCAAUUUAGAAAUGGCUGAUAUUUCUUUUUCCAAUGAGAGA